AUGGCGUGGUUCAGUCAUGUCAGUCAAGGCUCAAAUCAGCAGCAGCAACAGCAGCAGCCCACUGACAGCCACAGACUCACAGACAUCUUGUGUAGCACUCACAACUCCAGGCUCAGAGGUCCGACAGAGGGAUCACCGACCAUGGCAACACAACACUGGACCGGCUGCCUCACUCCCAGCCCGGAGGACUUUCCAUCAGCUCCACAGGGUGUAGCCAGCCCUCCCAGCCUUGAGAAGCUGUCUUGCGCUUCUCCAAGUGCAGGUCAGGGGAGAGAUCCGGAGCCUAUCUCCUAUGUAAGCCUCCAGGAGCAGCGGUGCGUCCUGAGCUGGUUCCACAGCUGGACCGCUACUCAAAGAGAGCGGUUCUUGCAGGACCUUCUGGGAAAAGCUGUGCCUGGGAAAGUGUGCACCCUCCUAGAUUCACUCAGUACUCUUCAGGUUAAAGACAGACUACCAAACAUCUUUGAAUGCCAGCUGCGCCUGUGGUCCCAAUGGUUUGAGUCUUGGCAAGAAGAGGAGAGGAAUCAUUUCCUGCACAUGCUGGAAGAGCGGGACCCAGUUUUUGUUGCCCACUUUUACAGGAGUGUAGCCGGUACAGCAGGAAGAGACUGAGCAAUGUUUGCAUUGUGAUGGAAAACAAAGUGAUUACAACAAAAUGUGUUUAAAGAGGUGACCUGUAGUGGGGGAUGUGAAUUAGAUUUGAGAUAGUUCUCAGAGAAAUGUUUGUGUAACUGUGAUGGGACAUAUUGUUGAAGGUAAACCAUUUCAUUUUAAGAACAGAAGUGUUCAUUCAAUAUAAGCUGUUAUUUUUUUUUUUUUUAUUGUUUUGUUUUGGGGUAUUUUAACACUUCCUACACCAGUUUCUCCAGGGCUGCAUCACACAUUAUACCAUGUUUAUUUUUAUUUUUAAAGUUUAGAACUUUUUGCUUAAUGCUUUCAUCAUGGGUGAAGCUCUGCCAUUUAGUGAUCCAAUGGUGUGAACUUGAAAUAAACAAGUUUAAUAUCUGGCUGUAAGAUAAUUCAACUUGUAGGUUUCAUUUUUCUGUACUGGGCCUAGUGAUUAAAGCACCUGGAAUGACAUGGACAAGAGGACAAAUAUUUUUUCAAUCACAGAAGAAUAAACAAAAUGCAUUGUU